AUGAAGUCGUGGUCCGUCGUCCUCGCCGCCCUUCCGGCCAUCGCCCACGCCUCCGCGCUGCCCGACCGCGCCACCGAGGCCGACAUCCUCAAGCGGGCCGAGCCGUGCAACAUCGGCGGCUUCGCGGCCGUCUGCACGGCGUACCCGUACGCUGCCUGCAACGCGCCCGGAACCAAGCUCAGCACGCAAGAGUGCGUCGACCUGUGCGUCGCGAAAACCGACAAGAUCUCCUGCGAUGGCUCCGGGUCAACUUUCAACCUUUGCCAUGAAAGCUCCGUACUGUACUGCAAGAAGAUCAUCACACCGUCCGAGGUCCCCGAACCGGAGGACCGCUGA